GGCAAGAAAAGAGAGAGUUAUUCGGCUCUUUCCCUUAUUUCGAGGUGGUUUGGGUUUUUCUUCCUUCCUUUCUAAAAUAACCAAACCCCAGCAACCAUUGAACAGUUUUCAGAGGACUGCAUUCCCUUUUGGACUCAGGACCACCUGGGCUCAACACCAUUUCCUGGGUGAGACUGAGUUGCAAGUCCUAGUAAGUUGAAGCCAGGACUCUGUCUUUCAAGAAAGAAUUAGGGCAACCACUAAAGGCUGAGGACUAGAAUCUUGCUCUCCGUUUCUUUCUGCCCCUGUCUUUGGCACCCUGAUUCUCUUGUCUUGGGCUGGGCCUUCUUCAGCCAUGUUGGCCAUUUCUGUAACCUUCCAGGGCAGCCGCUGGCACCGUCUUCUCGUCGGCCUGAUUUUCUGGGCUGCCUUGCUGCUCCCCACGGCUCCUGCUUUCCCCCUACCAAAUUCCAGCCCCCUCUUACAGUUCGAUGGGCAGGUCCGGCUUCGCCACCUGUACACGGCGGAUGACCAGACUCAACUCCACCUGGAGAUCAUGCCAGAUGGCGCAGUGCGCGGCUCCAGAUACCAGAACAUAUACAGUUUGAUGGAGAUCAAAGCAGUCAAGUCAGGAAUCAUUCGCAUGCAGGCUGUGAAGACCUCAAGAUUUCUGUGUAUGAAGCCCAAUGGACGCCUCUAUGGCUCGUUAUCGUAUUCUGAGGAGGCAUGCAACUUCCACGAGAAGGUUCUCCGCGACGGCUACAAUCUCUACUACUCCGAAAGCUACAAUAUCCCUGUCAGUCUCAGCUCAAUGGGGAACCUGCCUCGGAGUCACCAGCUGCCUCCGUUCUCCCAGUUCUUGCCCUUAGUCAACAAGAUCCCCCUCGAACCUGUGUUCGUGGACUACGACUUCUACGAACAGGAACUGAACGUUGAGUCGUCCGAUCCCCUCAGCAUGAUGGGCCACAACCCUGGCAUCAUCAGCCCAAGUUACGUCUUCAAAUAACCCGGGACAUCCGAUUCCUUGGCAGCUUUCUUGGACAAGUGGGUUUUCUUGCCGUGUAAUUACAACACUGGAACAAUCCGAGGUUUGGGAGAAACGGAGCAGGAGAGCUUAGCAGAUGGUGCUUGGCACCCAGACUCUAAUGAGUGACCUUGUAGUACACUGUGGACUCCCGAAAAGUUGCAUCCCACUCAUGCGCAAAUGAUGCGCUGCAGGCACGUAAGGAAAACCCAACGAGGCGAAAUCCUUGUUUUGUUAGACUAAGAUUGCUUGCACUUUCAACCUGUUGUUAUUCUUGCCAGCUUUUUUGGGGGGGGGGUUAUUUCUAUUUUUAUUAUCUAUUUAAGUAACUUAUUUAUUGUAUGUCAGCUUAAUUUAUUGAAGGAGGCUGGAAAGAGUUGGGAAGCAGAGAAGAGUGGGAUAAUGAGACAGCUUUGUCCCUGGCAAGUAACUUAUAUAUUGUUAUUUAUUUAGAAAUAUAUAUAUAUAUUAUUUGCAUAUUUAUUUCGCCUUUUGGAGAAGGAACGACCAUUAACUUUUAAGGCGGUAGUGUAGACAUGCUCAGGACAAUCUUGUGCCUUAUAGCUCUUCGUUGCUUAUUCUGUUCCGCCGCUUCCUUUUUAAGGAACACCCGCAAAGGAGCAGAGCAGAGGAUAAAUGAGGUCAAUGCCCGUCAGGAGCUCUAUAGAUCAGGACAGGGCACAGCAGCUAAUCAUUUGAUUCUGAGCAUUAUCUUGCAUUCUCUCUGGAGCUGCUGGUUCCUGUGCAAAUAAAUAUCAAGGACCUGCAGUGUGUGGCCGUUUCCCCCAGCAGAAAUGUAAGAAGCUACUGGUAGCUUGGCCAGAUAUUAAAAGAGAUGGCUUUAGAGUGGGUUCCUCAUUCACGGUCCUUUACAGGCAUGGCAGUUCCUUCCUCUUGCCAGCGCCACCAAAACAGGCUUAUUUCAAUGUAGGGUUUAGGUAAAGGAUCAGGUCAGGUCGGCCAUUGUUUAUUUAUUUAUUUAUUUAUUUAUUUAAAGAACUUUUCUAACCACGAUUUUGCAUUUGAAAUGUUGACACUUCACUGUACUUUUCCAACAAAAAUGCUUCAUGGCAGAACGCGUCAAUGCCCUUUGCAGCACUGCGAAGGGGCGUUCAUUAUGUCAAUGGUUUGCGAUAAUUUCUUCCCUCGUCGCCCGUUUCCCUGCAUCCUGAUAUUGAACUGUGUCAAAAUGUAACAGUGACCAAAGUGUGAUGAGCUAUGAACAAAUAAAG